AUGAGUCGCUUCCUUGCUGUCCUGCGCAGUUGGCUGAUGAUGGUUUCCAUUAUUGCGGCUGGAAACACUCUGCAGAGCUUCCGCGAUCACAGCUUCCUGAGCGAUAAACUAUACACAGGGAGGCCGAGCCAAGUGAAUGGCCUGCAGGCUCGCACCUUCGGGAUCUGGACGCUGCUCUCGUCUGUGAUUCGCUGUGCCUGUGCCAUCGAUAUCCGCAAUAAGACACUCUACCACCUCACCCUGUGGACCUUCAUCCUGGCGCUGGGCCACUUUACGUCCGAAGUCUGGAUUUAUCACACUGCUCACAUGACCAUUGGAGUCAUGGCGCCACUUAUGGUCGCAAGUUUCUCCAUCCUGGGCAUGCUGAUUGGAUUCCAGUACCUGGAGGUUAUACAGGAGCCCCCCGCUACCUCCAUGAAGAAGAGAAACUGA